AUGGCGGAUGGGGGGCGGAGGGAAAAGUGGAUAGCAGGGAGAGGGCAGGCAGCGAGGGCCCCGCCCCACAAGUUCUCCCGUGUCUUCCCUGCAGCCAAGUACCCGGCCAUCAAGGCCCUGAUGCGGCCGGACCCGCAGCUCAAGUGGACGGUGCUGGCGCUGGUGCUGGUGCAGCUGCUGGCCUGCUGGCUGGUGCGGGGGCUGGCCUGGCGCUGGCUGCUCUUCUGGGCCUAUGCCUUCGGCGGCUGCGUGAACCACUCGCUGACGCUGGCCAUCCACGACAUCUCGCACAACACUGCCUUCGGCACCUGCUGCGCCACCUACAACCGCUGGUUUGCCAUCUUCGCCAACCUGCCCAUAGGCGUGCCCUAUGCCUCCUCCUUCAAGAAGUACCAUGUGGACCACCACCGCUACCUGGGUGGCGACGGGCUGGACGUGGACGUGCCUACGCGCCUCGAGGGCUGGCUCUUUUGCACGCCAGCACGCAAGCUGCUCUGGCUGGUGCUGCAGCCCUUCCUGUACUCGCUGCGGCCACUCUGCGUGAAUCCCAAGGCCAUGACCCGCAUGGAGGUGCUCAACGCCCUGGUGCAGCUGGUGGCCGAUGCCACCAUCUUCACUCUCUGGGGGCUUAAGCCCAUGGCCUACCUGCUGGCCAGCUCCCUGCUGGGCCUGGGCCUGCACCCCAUCUCAGGCCACUUUGUGGCCGAGCACUACAUGUUCCUCAAGGGCCAUGAGACCUACUCCUACUACGGGCCCCUCAACUGGAUCACCUUCAACGUGGGCUACCACAUGGAGCACCAUGACUUCCCCAGCAUCCCAGGCUGCAACCUGCCCCUGGUGCGGAAGAUCGCGCCCGAGUACUACGACCACCUGCCGCAGCACUACUCGUGGGUGAAGGUGCUUUGGGAUUUUGUGUUUGAAGAUUCCCUAGGGCCCUAUGCCAGGGUGAAGCGGGUGUGCAAGCUGGCGGAGGACCGCCUAUGAGCUCAGCCACCAGUGCCCAUCCUGAAGGUGGGAGCCCCAGAACUGGUUUGGUUGCAUUUGAUUCCGAACCCUGGGUGACUGCUUUUGCACCCACUGAGCCCCAGGAGUUGCCAUCUGCAGCCAGGCCUGGCAACAGAGGCACUGGCUGCAGCCUGGAGGUGCUCCAUCUGUGCAUGGACUCGCCAGGGACCUCGGACAGGCCCUCCCUUCCUGGGCCUCACUGGGUAAGGCUUGGCCCUGCCCUGCCCGACCGGGACCUGGGUCCUCUGUACCCAUUGUCUCCAGGGAGCCAAUAUCUGACACUCCCUUGCCCCAAACUAAAUUCAUCAUUUAUUUUCAGUCUGUGGAUUGUGCUUCUCAGGGGGGUCUUGGCUAGAGCCUGGACCAGGCUGGCCCUGGCAGAUGAAGCCUGAGGCGUCAGAGUGCUGCUCCCCCUGACCAGCCCCAAGUUGCUCCCCACUGGCCCCCGGCUCUUUGGGAGGGUUUCCCUGAGGGCCUUGUCAUUGUGGGGCAUGGGCAGCAAAAGCCAUGCCUUGGAUGUCUGCAUGGUCCUGAAGCCCCUCAUCAGCAGCCUGGCUCCUCCCCAUGCUGGCUGAGCUCUGCAGAGGCCGUCAACCCACCCUCGGCCUCACUGCCAGCUCCUGCCAC